GACGUUAACCGGGCCGAGGGUCCAUCUUAUCACUACGAGUGCAGCCCACUCCCUCCACAGCUUCCAUCCCAUAUCCUCCAAGCUCUCCUUCCCUCCCUCCAUAGCCACAAAGCCAGAGAGCUCGCUAGCCAAUAGACCUCACCUCACCAAGCUCGAAGGCUCUAGGCGCACCAUGGGUUGCGCAAGCUCCAAGGACGUUGCGGUGGUGGCCGACAUAGCCUAUCGCCCGCCGGCAGCGAGCGUCUCCCUCUUCGACGUCAGCGCCGUCGAGGAGCCGUGGCUCAUCGCCAAGAAGAACGCUGCUGCCAACGGCGAUCAGGUCGAGGCCGAGCACAGCGAUGAAGAAUCCGAAGAGGAAGAAGAUGAGUCGGAGGAGGAGGAAGUGCAGGACGCCAAGAAGCCCACCACCGGCGUGGCGCUCCCUAUCCUCGACAAGCUCGACGGCUACGAGCUCGCGCCGGCGUCGUGGUCCGAGGUGAGCAAGGCUCUUGAAGACAUCAAGCCCACGCUCGACUCCAAGCAAACCACGGACCCCAAGCCUGUCCUCAAGAAGAAGAAAAAGAAGAAGAAGACCAAGAAGCAACCGGCUGCUCAACCAGAGCCGACACCGCCGCAGAAGGAGCAGCCGUCGUCACAGUCGCCCUCCGUUGCCGGAACGGGCGAGGCUGUCAAUAAGGCCCCGCCGCCGGCGACGCCGUAUGUUCUUGGUUCUGGGGAUGCUGGCACGAUGAAGAAGCCUCUGCCGGAGCUCACGGGGCGGCGCGUUGUGAAAGAGAACCCCUUCCUGCUGCGGGACCGCGAGGCCAAGAACGCGGACGGCACCGCCGCGGCGCCCAAGUGGCGCCGGAGGGACCCGUUUGAAGGGUACCCCGAGCGACGCCCCCCUGGCGCGAGCGGCGGCGGGGUGGUGCUGUACACGACGACGCUCCGCGGCGUGAGGCGCACGUUCGAGGACUGCGAGCGCGCGCGGGCGGCGGUGGAGACGUGCGCGGAGGCGGCAGGCCUGACCGUGGACGAGCGCGACGUGGCGCUCCACGGGGAGUACCUGCGCGAGCUCCGGGAGCUGCUUCUGGCCGAAGCCGAGGAGCAGGGCGCCGGCGUUUUGCCGCCGCCGAGGCUGUUCGUGAUGGGCCGGUACCUGGGCGGCGCGGAGGCAUGCACGGAGCUGGUGGAGAACGGGAAGCUCGCGGAGAUGCUGCGGUGGGCCAGGGCGCGCGGGGAGGCGUGCGCUGCCAAAGAUGGGCGCGGCUGCGAGGGCUGCGGCGGCGCGCGGUUCGUGCCGUGCAUGGAGUGCGGCGGCAGCUGCAAGGUGGUGGUCGGCGGCGACGGCAGCGUCAGCAGCGGCGUGGUCGAGAGGUGCGGCAAGUGCAAUGAGAACGGCCUCAUGAUGUGCCCCAUCUGCCACUGAUGGAGCUCGAAACUUUUAUCCAUGCAUCUAUGCAUGGGAUGUCGUUGCCUGCCGCGAUGUUCUUGUUCUCUGUAAUACUAGUACAGCUUAAGGAGAACAAAUUACUGCAUGUUGAACCAUGUGUGUGUUGUACAGCUUGGAGUCUAGCUAAUCGAUGUAAGUAAUUCUGCAAAUGUGGAAGGAAGAAAACUGUUCUGACUUCGAUCAGAGCUGUCAUUGUCAAUGGAAGUAUAUUGCUGAA